UUUGUUUUCGUUCCGUCUCUUUCUAAUUUCACAAAAAAUUAAUAUUGUUGCUUUUUGCAUAAAACAGAUGCUUUAAAGGACAUUAAUCUCUUCAUAAUAGGUAAAUAUUAGUUCCUUCAAGUCAUUACAACGAUACUAGCUUGAUAAUUAAUAAAAUCAAGUGAUGAGUUCUACAAUACCCAACCAAAUAGACGAAGACGAAGAUCCAGUUACUUUAAUGCUCAAGAAAACCGGCUGUCUGGAUUUACAUUAUAAAGUUCAGGAGUGCAUUGCUGAGACUUCAGAUUGGAGACAGUGUCAAGAAGUAGUUAAAGAGUUUAAAGAGUGUAUGAAAGAGUAUACAGAAAAGCAGAGACAGAAAUAUAUUAUUAGAGCUGAUUUGAAACUAACCAAAGGUAAAAUUGCAUCACAAGCAGCACAUGCCGCUGUAAGUUGCUUCCAAAAGUCCAUCGUCAACAACGAAUCUGUAGCCAAAAAGUGGCUCAAUAUUGGUCAACCGAAAAUUGUACUAAAAGUUAACACAGAAGAGGAACUUGAGCUUUUAAAACAAAAAGCUACUGAUUUAAAUAUUAUAACAUCGUUAAUAAGUGAUGCUGGUCGUACGCAAGUUAGUUUUGGCACUGUCACAUGUUUAGGAUUAGGACCUGAUUAUGAUGAGAAAAUAGAUGCUAUAGUUAAAGAUUUAAAGUUGCUGUAAAAUAAAGUGUCGAGUUUAAUUGGCUAGUUUCAAACGUAAUCAUUCGUUUUUGUUUUAAAAUUCUAGGCUCGUG